GGCCACUUCGCGCCCGCACGUGCAUCCGCUUCCUUGUCCUAAAAUCUCUGAGCCACUAGUUGGGAUUUUACAACCAUGGCAAAUACCCCAUCCGACAGAGAGUAUGCCACGAAGGCAUGUGCCGCGUGUAGGUCUAAGAAGCGGAAAUGUGACAGAGUUCUUCCAGCCUGCACGAGGUGUGCACGCUUGUUUCAGAACUGCCAGUAUGAUAGUGAGCCGUAUUCAAGAGGCUUCCCGGGACUUGUGGCAGAAGAAAUUUCUGAAUCGCUCGCAAGCCACUUUCAACGGAUCGUACCCACAGAACAAGCCCGGAUGAAAUCAAGGCUAGCCUGUUCAAAGUGUAGGGUAGGGAAAAGGCAAUGUAGCAAGGACGUACCGUCCUGCAAACGAUGUGUGCGAACAGGGAGUGUUUGCCGAUACGAUGGCUUAGAACAUGAGGAUUCGGCAGAUACUGCCCUUCCUCCCCUGCUGCUGCCCUCGGUGGGAGUUACCGAGCUGGUAGAUGGGCAUCAUGGUCUUAGAUCCUACCCUACCAAUGUAGAGACCGAUGUCUCAGAAGAUCCAGAUGUGCCAAUUACAGGUGACAUAGAAUACAGAACAGACUGCACAAUGGAGGAGAUAGCAAAAAGAGUCUCCUUACAAUAUCAAGGAUAUGAACACACUUCUGCUGUCACCAGACGAACACCGAGCCCCUUGACAAUUGAUCACACUAGCCACCAUUACCUGGACCCAUUCCAUACUUAUCCGUCCAAUCUAAGCCGCGAAACCAUCACGCGAACGUUUCAUUACUCCCUUCAAGAAAUGUGGCCCAGACUCUUCCCCGGUCUGAAACACAACGGCAAGAGCUUCACCCAUGAGUGGAUGCAAUUGGCCCUGGCCUGUCCACCCCUCUUCCGCGCAUGGCUCCAUUCAGGUGCAGAGCACCUCCUGAUGCGACAGAGAGCAUCUGGCCACGCCCCGAGUCCAACGUCCCGGAGGGACACUUACGAAUUACUUCUGAUGCGACAAGAUGCCAUCGUCGCCUUGAAAAACGCCGUGAAUGACGACCAUCCCAAUACGGUCACGGAUCAGAUCAUCAUGGCUGCGUUCGCUCUCGCCUUACAUCCACACGAGCGACACCCAGUGGCAGCUUCUCGAAUGAGAACGGCCCCUCUCUCCAACUUGCAAUGGUUGACACGGUUCACCGAUAUCGUGAUCUUGGACGGCCACGUUCAAGGAAUCCGCCAUCUUGUACAAGCGAGAGGAGGAUUUGAAAAGUUAGAAAUGCCCGGGCUUUUAGAGGGACUGUCGACCUGGGACCUGAUCACAUCUACUAAAAUGCUAACAAAACCUUUCUGGCCACGGCGGACGAAACUACAGCUUGACAGUGCUGCCAAAUUCUUGGCAAAAUAUGAACACACAGAUGUUACAAUCGGUGAUUUCCAUGCUCUCCUAUGGUCUGAGUUUCCUCAUUCCAUUAUGUGGGUAUUCCACGCUCUCCGCGGAUACAGUUCUUUGCUGGAAGGAUAUUCUGACGGACGUUUGUCUGAUCUCGAUCUGGGCUAUAUCCUCGACCUACGAAACCUUAUCCACUACCAAGUAUUAUCCCUUCCGUCUGCUAGGGAUGACAAAGUUGGAAACGCUUCACAUAAAUACGAGUCAUUCCGAUUGGCCCAGACUAUAUACAGCCUUCUCGUCUUGUUCCCUGUUCCUUUAACGACAACUCCGUAUCCAGAGCUGGCGCGCCUUCUACGCUAUGAGCUGGAGAUGGCCUCUAAAGAUGGUUGGGCCAGGAUUCCGACAUUGUUACUUUGGAUUUUGGCACUUGGUGGGAUUGCGGCUUUGGGUACACCGCAUCGCUUAUGGUUCGUCCAGAAAUUGCACAUGCAACUUGGGAAUUUGGGCAUUAUCAGCUGGGAAGGGUUUGUCCACAUAAUGGGUACAUUGAUAUGGUUGAAUAGCCCAUGCGGUAUAGAGGGCUUGAUCCUUUGGAAGGAAAUUCAACAACAUGGUCAUCAGCCACUUGCCGAAUAUAAACCAACCCUGGGAUUGGUGCAUGAUGAGCCCGUGAGGUUGGGCAAUUGAUUGCGCCGCUUAUCUUGAUAUCUUACGAUAUAUUUCUCACAUCCAUGCUUGAUCCUAGCCGAAUGACCGUCGAAAGGCUUUUCUCUCAAGAUACUGGCCUUGUGUCCGAAGGCGAUCAGAUUCAAGCGAGGCCUAUCCCUACUGGACAAAACUUCGCAGGGUACCGCAGAUGGAUUCGUGCAAUACUACUUUGAGUUUUAUCAAUAAUACCGUGUUACGCUCACUUUUGGAAAUAGACUGUGUUGUUACGUGAUUGGUCAUCUUCAUGUCGGGCUUAACUCAAAGGCUUUGUACUGCGUACAAAUGUACACAACUAUAGUGCUUCG